AUGCCUAAUCAACAUAUGAGCAACUCGGUGUCGACCAUCCAGGCCUCUAACCCAGCUGCUAUCCUUGAGGGCUUCCGAAGAAAUCCCUCGUGUGCCGGUAUCAGCUGGGUUAUCACCACAGAGUACAUGAUUCCAUUGAUCAAUGGUGGUGGACUCCAAGAUUUCACCAGUGCGGUUUUCAACAAACACAGGAAGUUUGUUGCAAGAGUUAAGCCACUGGAGAACGGUGGUAGAAUCAGUCCACAUGAAUACAUUGCUUACUUUGAAAACAUUGAUCACAAGUCUUCCACUACUACUUCUGUGACCAUAAGUGUCGACUACUGGCGACUAGAUGGCAGUUACAAUGGAUCGAACACCCUCAUGCUCCGACGGAAUGGAAUCAUCCUCUCAACCGCGACGUGGACUAACUCACCCAACACGACGUAUUUCAACAAUUUCGAGGACACCGGAGGCUACUGGAACACAACUGGAGACGGACUGGAACCUGGAUACACUUAUGAAUACACGGUGGAGCUAGACGGAGUGUUAAAAAAAACUGAAAACUACUGCACAAAACCGAAUCCACCGUCCGAGGUCGGCUACUUCCCAGACGACGAAGACAAUGUUUACGUCUACUUCAUUCCAGAUCGCGAUUUCCCCGCUGAAGGACAAUGGCAAACAGAUGUACUUUCUUCAUACUCAGAGCUUUCUGCGUCGAAUCAAUAUGUGUCUGUGGGAGGUUCAAGCGUUGACGGAGGCACAGUCGACAUCGAAGUGAGAGCGAGGACUUCAAACUGCUCCGGAUAUUUUACCGGUUUGGAACGAAGUUCAGUGACAACACUCACCGCUUAUACAGGUAAAAGAUAA